CCAAAUGGAGCCUAGAGACGGCGUCUCAGGGGCUCCUGAGCCCUCUCUGGGGAACCCCGUGGCUGCAGCCUCUCGGGGAGGUAGCGUUGGGCAGCGGGAGCGGCCCGGGGGUGCAGGGCAGUGCCUGGAAGCGCGCCCCCGCCCCUGCCCUGGUUUCGGUCCGGGCUCCCCGCCUCCCGACCCGCUCUGCCGGGACCGCGCACGGUGCGCUGGGGGGCGCGCACGCAGGGGGCUGGCUUGCCCGCGGCGCGGGGGAAAGUUGAGUUGGGAGAAGUUGGGAGCGGCAGGGGCGCGCCCCAGGGUGGGCACGGGGGAGUCGUCGGGAGCGCGCGAGGGCGCCGGAGGACGGGGAGAGACCCCCGAGACCCCCGGGCGUGAAGUCCAGACCAAGCGGGUUAUGCCUCCACCUUGUUGCCCUGAAAGCCGCAGUGACAGCGAAAAGGGCUAAGAUUUGGCCAUGAGCAGCGCCCCCCGGCGCCCCGCCUCGGGGGCAGAUUCUUUCUGCACG